AUGAGAAUUGAGCAUUAUCAGCCACGUCUCGUUCCUCCGCCAAUUGCGGAGCCGCAAGAGAGACCGUCAAUGCGAGGUAGAGAAUGGGAGAAGAGGAGCAAAGGUUUCGCAUCCCGCGCAUCAAGUCGUGGAAGCUUCUCUGUGAGAAGGUCGUUGAAUACUAGCCCAGGUCCGCGCAGGCCACGGAUCGGAGCACCGUCGAAUUUUCGACAUGUCGAGGAUUCCAUGCCCAGAAGGGCCGAGAGAUUACUUGAAUUAAGCAUAUACAUACCGGAAAAUCGAUUGUCUCCUAUACUCCCUCACUUCGGCGACAUCGAUGAUUUAUCGUUUCUAGCGGAUGACUCCAAGGAUUUGCCAAUCCGACCGUUGACAGCUCAAACUCAUUCAACGAGCGAAUCAGCGCCAUCAUUCAGAAUUCCCCGGAAGCCCGUUCGCUCGAGCUCCUUGGCCUCGUCGGAAGUGACAGCACAUUCUCAGCCAAGUAUGCGGUCUAUGAACCCGCAGGAGCUCCUGGCUGCCUUGGAAACACAGCUCCCAAGAGUUCCACCAGGAGCUCGCAUGAGGUCUCUGACAGAGCCCCCUGCGUAUGAAAGGGUCAAAUCAGCUUUGCACGAGAAGUUUGAGUUGGAGCAACGCUUGAAGAAUAUAGAGGAACUUAUCGAGGAGAGGCGAAGUAUCUAUCUUAGCAGUCGACCGACCAGCCGUGCAAGACCUACUCAACCCCGCAGUAUGUACGCGGAACCUGAAGGACCUAUGCCCCCUACCAAAUCCCCCUUCGCCGAAUGCAAAGACCUACCUCUCGCGGAUCAGAGACCCAGAAUCGCCCCCUCAAAAAAGGUGCACAUCCCCACCCGCCUCAAGUCACUUAGCGAUGGAUCAGCAGCCUUCGGCUUCCCAGAUGCACGAACAGAAGUCCUCCUCCCACCGCCCCCUCUCCCUCUCGUUCUCCAGCCCCCUCCUCGGCCUCCGCUCCGAAAGAAGAAAUCCUUCUCCCGCGUCUCGAACUGGUUAUUCCCGGGAGCUGAGCACUCUCGCACCAGUUCUCUCAGUUCCGUGACCAACAUGCCCAAACCCGUCACUUUGCGCGAUGGCUUCUAUCAGUGUUUUGAGCUGAGGCAGCAAGCGCCACGGACAAGCAUCAGCUCCGCGAGCACUAUCCGCACGCUCGAGAGCGAACUCGACGAGCCGACCGUGCCAACAACCGGGACGCCGGCAUCGACUCCCGGGGGGGUUAGGAGAGAUGCGAUGUUCCGAACCCUUUCGAUGGACUCGGAGAGGCGCGAGAUGAGCAGCGAGCUGACGCGGAUGCGAACAUUUGGGGAGAAGGAGAUAGGUCCCGAUCAGGGGGGAAGAAUGGAGGGGCCUGCUGCGCAUGCGCCCGGGAGGAAUAGUGUGGGAGUGGCGUUUUGA